UUCCCUCAGUCUGUGCCUCCGUGUGUGUGAGUGUGUGUGUGACAGAGAAAGAGAGAGAGAGAGAGCGCGCGCGAGAGGAGAGCGAGCGAGGGAGAGAGAGAGCGAGAGCGAGCUGUGAGCUGUGCUGCCGCCGCCGCUGCCCUUUGAUCCCGACAUUAGUGUUAGGGGCUCGGAGACACAGAGCGCGGCCAUAGACACCGCCGCACCGGCGCUCAUUUAUUUAUGCCUCCCAUCACACGCGCGAGCUCGGAGCACACACACACUCACACCUAUUAGGUCCGUUUCCAUUGAAGAAUAUUGCGCUCGGGGGACAAGCCAGGUGCACGACCAAAAAAAAAAAAAAAAAAAAUUAAAAAAAAAAGAAAGGAAAGAAAAGAAGAAAACCCCUCUUCUGGCUCCAGGAAACAAGCUUCAACCCAUUGUACACACCGGAGAGAAGGGGUUUCCCCCGGCCCGCCCGCCCGCCCCCCAACUACCUCCCCGCUCCUGCCCGUGUCUGCCUCUCUGCCCCCACGGGGGUUUAUUUGAUCUCACAUUAACCAAGGAGGAGAAUGUGAGAAAAGGGGGAAAAUGCCCAGGAGGAAGCAGGAGCAGCCCAAGCGCCUUCCCUCACAUGUUAGUAGGCAGGACGAGGCGGAGGGCGAACUCAGUGAAGGAGAGCCCUGGUAUGGAAACUCCUCCGAGACUCCGUCCGAAGCAUCCUAUGGCGAAGUCCAGGAGAACUAUAAGUUGUCCCUGGAGGACCGGAUCCAGGAGCAGUCCACGUCCCCCGACACCUCCUUGGGAAGCGCCACUCCCAGCAGCCACACGUUGGAGCUGGUGGCGCUCGACGGGGACGUCCUGCGAGACUCACUGCAAGGCCAGGACCACCUCUCCCCCGGCCUGUCCUCUUUGUGUGAAGACGACUCCCCAGGCUCCACGAAACCUUUGAGCAGCAACUUGAGGCGGCUGCUGGAGGCCGGGUCCCUCAAACUCGACGCCACAGCCACGGCCAAUGGCAGGGUGGAGUCCCCGGUGAACGUGGCCCCCAACCUCUCCUUUUCCCCACCGUCCCACCACGCCCAGCAGCUCAGUGUCCUUGCCAGGAAGUUGGCCGAGAAGCAGGAACAGAAUGACCAAUACACUCCAAGUAACCGUUUUAUAUGGAAUCAAGGUAAGUGGUUGCCAAACUCAACCACCACCUGCGGCUUGUCCCCCGACUCGGCCAUCCUCAAACUGAAAGCUGCAGCCAACGCCGUCCUGCAGGACAAGUCUCUCGCCAGGACUGAGGAGACCAUGCGAUUUGAGUCCUUUUCCUCCCCUUUCAGCUCCCAGUCUGCCAGUUCCACCCUGGCAGCCUUGUCCAAGAAAGUCAGCGAGAGAAGCUUGACUCCUGGCCAGGAGCACCCCCCUCCGGCCAGCUCCUUCCUCUCCCUGGCUUCCAUGACCUCCUCGGCCGCCCUGCUCAAGGAGGUCGCAGCCAGGGCUGCGGGGAGUCUUCUGGCCGAGAAGUCGUCCCUGGUGCCCGAGGACCCCCUACCGCCACCGCCUUCAGAGAAGAUGCAAGAAAAGGUGACCCCGCCUCCGCAGCCGCCACCGCCACCACCACCGCCACCGCCACAAUCCUUGGAAUUAUUGUUACUCCCAGUUCCCAAGGGAAGAGUUUCUAAACCCUCCAACUCAGCCUCGGAAGAGGAAAGCGGAAAGCCUUUCCAGUGUCCAAUAUGUGGUUUGGUUAUAAAAAGGAAGAGCUACUGGAAGCGGCACAUGGUGAUUCACACAGGUUUAAAAAGUCAUCAGUGCCCGCUCUGCCCAUUCCGGUGUGCUCGCAAGGACAAUCUCAAAUCCCACAUGAAGGUUCAUCAGCACCAGGACCGGGGAGAAACCUUUCAGUGCCAGCUGUGCCCUUUCACUUCCUCGCGCCACUUCAGCCUGAAGCUCCACAUGCGCUGCCACCAGCACUUCCUGAGGACAGAAGCCAAGGUGAAGGAGGAGAUCCCAGACCCAGAUGUCAAGGGAUCGCCCCACCUCAGUGACAGUGCCUGCCUGGGGCAGCACAGGGAAGCAGGAGGGACAGAGCUAGUGGGGACCAUGAUGCCGGCCAGCACUCCAGAGAGGACUAGCCAGGGUGGGGCUGGCGUCUCGCCUUUGCUGGUGAAGGAGGAGCCCAAGGAAGAUAACGGCCUGCCAGCCUCCUUUCCCCUGAAUGCUGCCGACAGGCCGGCCAACCACACAAAGCUGAAAGACCCCUCCGAGUAUGUGGCCAACAGUGCGUCAGCAUUGUUCAGCCAGGACAUCUCUGUUAAGAUGGCGUCUGAUUUUCUCAUGAAGCUGUCAGCUGCAAAUCAGAAGGAGCCCAUGAAUCUUAACUUUCAAGUGAAAGAGGAGCCCCAGGAAGAGGAGGCCCUCAGUGCCUCCUUGCCUCGGUCCAGCUAUGUGUUCAGCUCAGACUCUGAAGUGUCAGCCCCAAGCAUCUCUGAGGACACGCUGAAGGCCCAGGAAGGGAAGGGGAGUGGGCUAAGGCGGGACAUGUCAGUCAAAGCAGCUUCUGAACUUCUCAUGAAACUAUCAGCGGAAAGCUACAAGGAAAGCCAGGCCAUGAAGAUUAAAGAGGAACCCAUGGAGGUUGACAUCCAGGACUCGCAUGUCUCCAUAUCACCCAGCCGGAAUGUUGGCUAUAGCACUUUAAUCGGGCGAGAGAAAACCGAACCCUUACAGAAGCUGCCAGAGGGCAGGGUGCCCCCAGAGAGGAACCUCUUCAGUCAGGACAUCUCUGUGAAGAUGGCUUCCGAGCUCCUGUUUCAACUGUCAGAAAAAGUGAGCAAAGAGCACAAUCACACAAAAGAAAACACCAUCCGCACGACCACCAGCCCUUUCUUUUCAGAAGAUACAUUUAGACAAUCACCAUUCUCCUCCAAUUCAAAAGACCUGCUGCCCGGCGACUCUGCUCUCCACGGGAGAAUACCAGCGCCAGAGACAGAAAAGCUUGUACUAGAGGCAGGCAACGGAUUGCCAUCCUGGAAAUUCAAUGACCAGCUUUUCCCCUGCGAUGUGUGUGGGAAAGUCUUUGGCCGGCAGCAGACAUUGUCCCGACAUCUCUCGCUGCACACAGAGGAAAGAAAAUACAAAUGCCACUUGUGCCCCUACGCUGCUAAGUGCCGCGCGAACCUAAACCAGCACCUGACCGUCCACUCGGUGAAGCUGGUGAGCACGGACACUGAGGACAUUGUCAGCGCCGUCACCUCUGAAGGCAGUGAUGGGAGGAAGCACCCUUAUUAUUACAGCUGCCAUGUGUGUGGAUUUGAGACCGAGCUCAACGUCCAGUUUGUCAGCCACAUGUCCCUCCACGUGGACAAGGAGCAGUGGAUGUUCUCCAUCUGCUGCACUGCCUGCGACUUCGUCACUAUGGAGGAGGCAGAGAUAAAGGCUCACAUUGGCACCAAGCACACAGUGGAAGACAGGAAGACCCCAAGUGAAUCAAACAGCCCCUCAUCAUCCUCCCUCUCAGCUCUGAGCGAUUCAGCUAACAGCAAAGAUGACUCCGACAGCUCCCAGAAAAACAAGAGCGGGAACAACCUGCUGGUCAUCUCUGUUGUGCCCGGGAGCCAACCCUCACUGAAUAGUGAGGAAAAGCCAGAGAAAGGGUUCGAAUGCGUUUUUUGCAACUUUGUCUGCAAGACGAAGAACAUGUUUGAGCGCCAUCUGCAGAUACACCUCAUCACCCGGAUGUUUGAGUGUGACGUGUGCCACAAGUUCAUGAAGACCCCCGAACAGCUGCUGGAGCAUAAGAAAUGCCACACUGUCCCCACCGGUGGGCUCAAGUGCCCAUUCUGCAUUUAUUCCACCAACCGCCCCGCCGCCAUGGAGUGCCACCUCAAGACCCACUACAAGAUGGAGUACAAGUGCCGGAUCUGCCAGACGGUGAAGGCCAACCAGCUGGAGCUGGAGACGCACACCCGGGAGCAUCGCCUCGGCAACCACUACAAGUGCGACCAGUGCGGCUACCUGUCCAAGACCGCCAACAAGCUCAUCGAGCACGUGCGCGUGCACACCGGGGAGCGGCCCUUCCACUGUGACCAGUGCAGCUACAGCUGCAAACGCAAGGACAAUCUCAACCUGCACAAGAAGCUGAAGCACGCCCCUCGCCAGACCUUCAGCUGCGAAGAGUGCCUGUUCAAGACCACACACCCUUUCGUCUUCAGCCGCCACGUCAAGAAGCACCAGAGUGGGGACUGCCCCGAGGAGGACAAGAAGGGCCUGUGUCCGGCCCCCAAGAAACCAGCCGGCCCCGGGGCCCCGCUCCUCAUCGUCGGGAGCUCUCGGAAUCUCCUGUCUCCCCUGUCGGUCAUGUCCGCCUCCCAGGCUCUGCAGACCGUGGCCUUGUCAGCUGUCCACGGCAGCAGCUCAGAGCCCAACCUGGCACUCAAGGCUCUGGCCUUCAACGGCUCCCCUUUGCGCUUUGACAAGUACCGGAACUCGGAUUUUGCCCAUCUCAUUCCCUUGACAAUGUUAUACCCCAAGAACCACUUGGAUCUCACAUUCCACCCGCCCCGACCUCAGACUGCGCCUCCCAGCAUCCCGUCCCCCAAACACUCCUUCCUCGCCUAUCUCGGACUGAGAGAAAGAGCAGAGACUGUCUGAGGGCAGCAUGUUCCGUACCAAAAACCAAGUGACAGAGACAAAAACAAAAAUAAACCCACGAAACUUACACACAACCCCAGCAGGUGUAUGUUGCUGCAAAACCGACAGACCCCCGUGGGUCUGAACCACGUGUACUGUAUCUCCUUAGUAAGGACUAGAGAAUUGGCUCUGUGUGUAUACCUAUUGCAUUGACCUGAAAGCUGCUUUAUCCGAUCUUCAGAGAGGUGACCUACUGCGUACAUCUACCUUCAGAGGCAUGCCUCCCCGGCCCCCCCGCGCCCACUCUCAGCCCUGCUCCCGACCUUUCCCUGAAAGGAAUUUUGUCUUGCUCAACCCUAAAGAGAGUGUCCUUAAUAGCAAUCCGCACUUGUCAGCUUAUCUACUGGUGCAUUUUUGUUUUCUGUUGGGUGAAUGGGGUGUGUGGGCGUCUGUGGAUUCUGAGAGAGAAAGCCGUGUGUCGUGUGCCAUGAGAUUUCUAUCGCACAUUCUCUGUGCUGGCUUCUUUCACCGCGAUGAACAUGAUUUUCCCUCCUGGGUGGUUCAUCCACUGCGGGCCCUCCCCGAGCCCCUUCUUCACCACCCGUUUCACGGCUGCAGAGUGGUGGGGCCUGGUGCGCGGUCGAUGGAGGCAUGGUAGACACCCACGGUGCUGCUGGAGAUUUCCCACAGAGCUGGAGACCUUGUGCGGAGUCUCCUCUGGUUAUGAAGAUGCGAGGCAGCAAGAGUCCCGUCUGGAAGAAAUGUCCCGCAGCACCGAGGCCAACAUCACAAAACUUAAGUGCGUUGUGUGUGUGUGUCCAUACAUACACAACGCGUGUGGGACACACGCAGUGCAUCAUUUUUUAAGGGCAGAUUAUAUAUAUAUAUAUAUAUAUAUGAUGUAUUAAUUCAGUGGUUACCAUUUGUUUGCAGGAAAAAAAAUAGUAUGAGUGAAAAAUUUUAUGGUUGAAAAAUCCAGCCAAGGAGAUUAAAAGGGGUUUGGAUCAAUUCUGGGUAUAAAUGCUCAGACUAAAAAAAAAAAAAAAGAAAAGGCAGUUUUGCACAGUGCUUUGGUCUUGCACUAGUUUUUGUUUCUCAUCUGCAAAAAAAAAAAAAGAAAAAUGAAAGUGAAAGAAAAUGCACCUUUUAUACGGAGCGAGUAGACUGUGUGUUUGAGAAUUCUGUCACAGGCUCGUUGACGUAUAACCACCCAAAACAAGGUGCUGUUUAGCCCUGCAAGUCCGUUGAUGCCCCUGAGACGUGUCCAUUGUGUUUGCAGGUCGUCUGGCUCUAGUGGUAUUCUCCAUGUUGGUAAUAAUUCUGUAUUCCAUUUUGUUAACGCCUGGUAGAUGUAAUCUGCUAGGAGGCUAACUUUAGACUUAUUUAAAGCUCUUAGUUCGUGGUCAUUAAAAUGGCAACUUAUGUGCAGCACUUUAUUGCAGCAAGAAGCAGAUGUGAUUGGUAGCAUAGCCCUUUGCUAGUCUUUCAGAGUAAUGGGUGAUGUAGAAAGGAGAAGAGGACAAGAAUCUUUGGCUGAAUACGUUAAGAGCUUGUAUUUUUAAGACAACAGCAUUUCCUGUAUGAAACAGGAGCAGGAAGAGAUGUGCUUUGUAUGAUGAUGGGAAGCUUGGGAUAUAAAAGUUUAUAUAUUAUUUAUCUAUUGAAGAACUGUGUACAGGAGGAAGGCUUCUUACUGCAUUGCUGUUUUCCAUCAGGUGUUAUCCUAGAGUUGGGAAUUUUUCUUUUUUUCAUCCGUUUCACCAGGGGAAAAUAAAAGCAUCCCUGAUUUUCUUCCUCUAGUCAGCUUGCUUCACUGAGAGCCCCCUUGAAAUUGGUACAGUUGUGCGGGAAUCCAGAAGAUUAUACCAUCUGUCCACACCAUGGUUCCCCCCGACCCCCUGACCCCCCCCACACACACACCCUUCUUCCCCCAGACUAGCAGGUCUACUAUACUUCCCUUUGCCAGUCACGGGCCCUGGCAAGCCUGUUUACACUACAGAGAUGCCCGGGGACAGGGAGGCUGAGCCGGCUAGGGCGGGAAGCUCUGCACCUUCUAUCCUCCUCCCGCAGACAUCUGUUCUUGGCCAUGUGUGAACCACCCAUCAACCUCGCCACCUCACUGUCUCAGCUAAAGACACUAUAGACAAGUAUAAUACACUCCAAGAAUACCGGGCUAUUGGGUGGGCUGGUUUUUGGUGGUUUUUUUUGUGUGUUUUUUUUUAAGUUAUGUCUUUAUCCCCAUAUAAUGGAGAAUGUGCCACUUGGCUAAUAAUGUGCUUUCAAAAUUACAAGUUCAGUGAUGACAGGAAAGAAGGCCACAGGCAUCCCACAGAGGCUGGCAGGAAAGGUGACUCACAUAAUGCACCAGCAGGUAAAAACCUGACGGGGUGGCCCUAACUAUCAGGACGACAGCUUUCACAGCACGCCACUUGUGCAAUAGGAGGCCCUGGGCUGAAACCUGCAAGACCGAGAGGGGCGUUGGAAGGAAGGAGACGUUUACCGUUCGAAUGCCAUGUGUUUCCCUGCUUGCCACUGAACUUGUAUUUGAAUUACUUCGUUAUGCUUAAUGUAAUUGGGCAACUUUUUUAGCACUUUGGAAAGAGUCAUCCAUCUUUCUGGUAAAUUAUAAAAAGUUUUCUGAGUGAGAAAAGGUGUGUUUGGAGUUUGUUUGACUUUUUAUAUUAUUAUUAUUAUUAUUA